GACGCCGACUGAGCCGGAAGCAGCGCGCGGCGCGGAGUGAGCCCCCCGGGCUGGCCCGCGGGGUCCUAGGCGGGACCCGCAGGCCCAGCGUUAGGACCCACCAUCCUUGGGCCCUGGGCAGGAGAAGGACGCGUCGUUGGUUGCACGCAGCGGUGUGGGGGCGAGGGCACUCCGGACUAACGGGGAAGUGACAAGACCCCCUACACACGCACCUACCCCAGGCUGGACAACCAGGAGCCGGGAGCCAAUGGCCAGCGACAGAGCCAAGCCCUGCGAGCUCGACCAAGAGAAAUAUGAUGCUGAUGACAACGUGAAGAUCAUCUGCCUAGGGGACAGCGCUGUGGGCAAAUCCAAACUUAUGGAGAGGUUUCUCAUGGAUGGAUUCCAGCCGCAACAGCUGUCCACGUAUGCCCUGACCCUGUACAAGCACACGGCCACGGUGGACGGCAAGACUGUCCUUGUGGACUUUUGGGACACAGCAGGCCAGGAGCGGUUCCAGAGCAUGCACGCCUCCUACUACCACAAGGCCCACGCCUGCAUCAUGGUGUUCGAUGUACAGAGGAAAGUCACCUACAAGAACUUGAGCACCUGGUACACAGAGCUUCGGGAGUUCAGGCCAGAGAUCCCGUGCAUCGUGGUGGCCAAUAAAAUUGAUGCAGACAUGAAGAUGACCCAAAAGAGCUUCAAUUUUGCCAGGAAAUUCUCCCUUCCCCUGUACUUUGUCUCAGCUGCUGAUGGCACCAAUGUCGUGAAGCUCUUCAAUGAUGCAAUUCGAUUAGCUGUGUCUUACAAACACAACUCCCGUGACUUCAUGGAUGAGGUUCUGCAGGAACUUGAGAACUUUGAUUUGGAGCAGAAGGAGGAUGAUGUGCCAGACCAAGUGCAGCAUGGCAGCCUUGAGAGCCUCUCCCCUUCCUGAGUCAGAGAAGGAAACCUCUCCUCGUGGACUUGAGGGGUUGGGGGGGUCUUUCAGAAUACCCUCCCCUCAGCAGCCCUCCAGCUCUGAAUUGAAGAACUCUUGCAGGCCACCCCCCUCUCUACCUCCUGCAAGCCCACCCAUUCCAUUUGCCGUCCCCACUUCCCCUGGCCCAUGAUACCUGACGCUUCCACAGUUGUCCCCCUACCCCCGUGCCCAGGGACAGGGACGGGGUCUGCACCAGCUUGCACCCUCGACAGGUGUGAGAGGUCCACGGCAGAGCCUGAAGCAGAAUUAGAGAUCAGUACCCUAAGCCCCCCCAGGUUGUGUGGGGGCAGUGAAGAGCUUCAGGGAACAUGCUUUGUGUAUCUCUCAAAUAAAAGGAAAUUGAGGUGUGUUUUCUCUCCCAGAACUGACCUCAGGGCCCAUUCAUUGCCUUUCCACCAAGGGAAUUAUUUCUAAUCCCUGACCAUCCCAUUCCCACCUCUACAGAUUUGGGGGCCUCCAUUCUUUUUCCUCUUUGGUCUCCCAACCAACUUUUUUUAGAAAUGACUUUGAGCAGACAGCUCUUCAUCCCAUAAGUUUCUCAGGGUACCUGGGUGCCGCCGGCACACUGGUAAACUGAGGCCCAGAUCACAGGACAGGUUGGCCAUUAAAGUCAAGGAAACAGGUGACAGGUCUAACCACACUUAGCAAUACCAUGGCACACUUAUUUCAAUUAGAAGAGCUUCCCAUAGCCCCUGUUUCAGCUUAUGAGGCUUUCCUUUUUUUUUCUUUUUUUUUUUUUUUAGGACUAUUUGGGCACUGCUUUGUGGGGAAGGGAGAAGGGCCACCCUGCUGCCUUUCCCACUUCUCUCCUGGACUUGAGGCUCACUAGUGUGUCCAUACAAUCAUCCUGUGCAUCAUUUCUGUUGUUUUCAUUUUUGUAGUAAAGCUUGACUUAACAUGAA